CCGAAAUACCCUUGGCAGAAAAGCGACAUCUGCUACAGUGGGACAGUGACAUCGCGUACCGGAAAGGAUCAACGAAAAUCUGGGUACCCAAUUACCCUCCUUUGCGCCAGUUACUACUCGAAGAAUACCACGACGUCCUAUACGCCGGACACAUCGGUAGCAACAAGACGCUGAACGGUAUGGCAAAGCACUACUACUGGCCCCAAUUGGCAGAAGAUGUUCAUAAAUUCGUCACCUCGUGUGAUAGAUGUCAGCGGAUGAAGAGUAGCAAACAGAAGAAGGCAGGACUGCUACAGCCUCUUCCUAUCCCAGAACAACCAUGGCAAGUGGUUAGCCUGGACUUCAUCACCGGGUUACCACCUACCUCCAGCGGUCAUGACGCCAUCCUUGUCGUCAUCGACAAGUUCUCCAAAAUGGGACACUUCAUCCCGACACACACGACAGCACGCACCGAAGAAACAGCACAACUCUUCGUUCGAUACAUCAUCUCACAGCAUGGCAUUCCAACCAUACUCAUCUCUGACCGAGACCCCAAGUUCACCAGCAAGUUCUGCACUGGGAGGGGGCACAGCCGUGAAAGAUAGAGACUGCCGGCGCACCGCUCGACUG